AUGCUGGAGAAACUGUUCCACGGCACAUCGGGAAGCAAACCUCCGAGAGGCCUUCGUCCAGCACACGUUAUUGGAUUGCCUGUGUUUUCUCUCUAUCUGUAUCCUUCCACUUCUUCUACUCAAUUUACGGGUCCCCAAUCUGACUUGAAUCUGGAGAUCCAGAACCACGGACCCGCCCUCGAAGUCGCGCAGAGUCCCGCAGCAGAGCAUCCCUCUGUGCCAGCGGGCGCCGAAGCUGGAUCCAGUGCCCGAAGCACUGCCGUCGCGGACACGGACACGGACCUCAUAGAGCCGGCUCCGCCAGAUCCAGCCCAAGACGACGUGAGGGCUGCUACCACCAUACAGCCUCGUCGGCGCCGGUCGUCGCGUCUGAGCGCGCUCUUGCAUAGACGCUCUGCAGGCGGCGACCACCUCAACGGGAGCCAAAGCUCGGGCAAUCCCCAGCCAGGACCAGGACCAGAACCAGGGGCAGAGCCGGAGUGGGUGUCGGAGUCGCAGAGGCCGGAGGUCGUCGUCACCACAGGGGGAACCAAGCAUAAGUUCUGGCAUGGCAUCACCAGCGUGGGAAAGGAGAAGGUCCAUGACGCUAAACCCACGAGGGCUUGA